AUGUCGCCCCCAGCUGGGAAGACGUUCGCUUCAGUCAUGGCGUCCGCCGCCGUCGAGCGCUGGCUGCGACCCAUGAAGACUAAGGGCGCUGCGUCCGGGCUUUUGCUGCGGGUGUGCGCCACUUUCUGGCGCGUGCAAUCUAGACAGCAUCUGGUUGACGCGCCCACCCGGCCGGUGGGCGCCGAGGUGCGGCUGCGAGCUGAUGGGGCCAUGGCCGUGAGACUCACUAUUGCGCAGCUGCGUGAUAUCCGCAACGAAGCACCUCCGCUCGUUGCGUUUGCGGCCGCCAAAUGGAUCGCCAGCGGGUGGACGGGCGCCGCGCGAGUGGUCGCGAUCCACGGACACGCGCCAGACCUCGCGGCGCGCGGGGUCCGCCUGGCCGCGGCCGAGAUUCUGCGGGCCGGCGACGGGGGGCCCCCGGGCCUGCGGGAGGCGGCGGCGCGGGGCGCCCGGCCCGCGGCCCGUGCUGUGCCGACCUCGCCGCGCCGGCCUGGCGGCCGGCGCCUCGCGGCCGCCGCCAUCGGCUGCACAGGGACCGAUGAGCGAGGCCUGGGCCAGGAAUGGGGCCCGGGCGGCGUCAGGCCCUCCGCGAGGGUCCGCGCCUUGCGCGCUGCCGGCGCCAGCGUCUGCUGCCUCGCCCCCGCCGGCCGGCCCGCGCAGCUCGCGCCCGCUCGCCGCGGCCCGCCGCUGCCCGCAGACAGCGGCCGUGCUGCGCGCGCUCGCCAGCCGGCGCCUGCGCGCCCGCGCGGGCUGGCCGCGCGGCGCGCGGGCGGUGCGGCCGCGGCGGGAGGCGCGCGGGGCCAGGCGGACUUCUGGGGGCUGGCCGAGACGGCGCUGGCGGGCAAGGGCGUCCGCCGGGGCGGCGUCGGCCUGCGGCGCUUCUGGGACUUCGUGGACCACAACGCGGAGCUCAGGCCGCUCCCCCCGGAGCACGCGAAGAGGGGCCAGAAGCACAAUCCCUCGCCCGUUCUAUCCGGGGAUCCGCCCAGAGCCGUUCCACAGCCUCCGCCACUACGGGGGCCUGACGGCGUGGCUGGGCGACCACUUCGAGGGGCUGCGCAGCGAGCUCUUGGCGCUGCCGUCCGAGGGGUUCCGCGCCCAGGCCGACGAGGGCUGGAGCGUGCUCAACCUGCGCGCGUUCGGCCAGCCGAGCGGCUUCUUCACGGAGCGAAGCCGCGAUCUCCAAAGAACAAUAGACUACACAAACAUAGCCUUUCGAACGUGGGCGCGGAUUUCUAGGAUGGGCGCUGGACCCCCCCAUGCGGUGCCUUGGGCGCCGCCCCUGGCGCGCUCCGCGCGCCAGGGAGGGGGGUCCAGCACGCAUCCAAGAACUCCUGGCGGACCUUUGAAAGUUUGUAUGCGUGGUUGUUUUUUAUUCUUCUAGAUCUGCCCCACGUUGCUGCCUUCGUGGAGCACCUGCGCUCGGAGGGCAUGCUUCCCCCCGAGAGCAUGAGUCUGCUGAGGCAGGCACCUGGGACUGGGCUCGAGCCGCACACCGACUGCCUCAACAUGGUGUCCUGCUGUCACGUGGGGCUCUCGGUGCCCUCGGGCGGCGAGGUGCCGUGGAUAGACCGACGAUCCCCAGGAUCGCAUCGUGCUGGCCGUCGACCUCUGGCACCAUGACCUCCGCCCCGAGGAACGCGCCGCGCUCGAGGCAUUCUUCGAGUUCGUGGACGAGUGGAACAGCCAUCCUGCAACGUGCAGCCUUUCGCGGGCGUGCACGUGCCGUUCGGCUGGUACACCAUCCAGGACUUCGCGUGCUGCCUGUGACGCCCAGGGCCCGCGUUCGGCAAAGUCUGCCGUUGCGGGGGCUGUAGGGAGUUGGGGGGCUCCUUCCUUGUCAUCCUCGUCGAUCUCCCCCUCCUCCCCCCUCCUCCCCCUGUGCGGCACCCACUAAGGGGGUGGCGCGAGGGGGGUGGGC